AUGUAUAUCGCUUUAAGGUUACUAGGUAAACAAUCUGAUCUAUGUUUUGCAAUCGAUGAUGUCACUAUUCUAACCUUAUCCUUAUACUUUUUCAUUUUGUUACAAGAUUCAAAAGAGAUUGAUCUAUUGAAUAAAGAGCUGGUAGAUAUUCAAAAUCAUAUUGACCAUUUGAUAUUGGAAAUUGGCAAUCACGAACCAGAUGAUCCUGUUUAUCAAGAUUUAGAGAAUCAUCUUAAAUCUUUUGUAGCUCAUGGUAAAGUUUAUGCGAAAAAUAGCAGUGGACCAUUUAGGAAGCCCGAAAUUCAAGUAAACCCCAAUAAUACCGAAAUCGAUGCAAUUGAAGCUCAUAAAUCCUAUCGAUUGGUUGAUUCUUCAUUUGAUAAAAAGAAGAAACGCAGUCAACUCUUAAAAGCCGACCUACUACUUUUCUAUCGUGCAAUUGAGACCACGUUACUUUCGGAAGAGUCUGCCCGACGAAAACGACGCUCCAAACAACGUGCCGCUGCUAUAUCAUUUAAAACUAUAAAUAAUUAA